CACAAACGCAGUGGGUGUGAAGACAUAGGGAUGGGUCCAAUUGCCCAGCUCCACCUCUUACGGACCUCCCUCUCUCUUCCUUUCCUUUCUCCAGAGAGGUCCUAGGGCUGGUGGACAUGGUCGCCCUGGAGAGCGGGGAGCUGGGGCCACUUCUGUCCCCUGGCACCCUACAGGGUUUGGAGGAUGAAUGUGUCACAGAUGUUAAGGCUCAGACUCGGGCAGACCUUCUUCGAGUGCUGCAGGAGGAUGAGGAACACUGGGGGAGCUUGGAAGACCGGCCCAGCAGCCUGGCACAGGAUGUGUGCGAGCUGCUGGAAGAGCACACAGAGAGAGCGCCCCGCAUCAGCCAAGAAUUCGGGGAGCGGAUGGCCCACUGCUGCCUGGGAGGGCUGGCAGAAUUCCUGCAGAGCUUCCAGCAGCGCGUGGAGCGAUUCCACGAGAACCCAGGAGUCCGGGAGCUGCUACCUGACACCUACAUCAGCAGGACCAUCUCCUUGGUCAACUGUGGGCCCCCCCUCAGGGCUCUGGCUGAGCGCCUGGCCCGGGUGGGGCCCCCUGAAAGUGAGCCGGCCCGGGAAGCUUCGGCCAGUGCUCUGGACCGUGUGACCCGGCUCUGCCACCGUGUUCUGGCUGACCUGCUGUUCCAGGAGUUGCAGCCGCACUUCAACAAGCUGAUGCGCCGGAAGUGGCUGAGCAGUCCAGAGGCCCUGGAUGGCAUUGUGGGCACGCUGGGCGCUCAGGCCCUGGCACUGCGCAGGAUGCAAGAUGAGCCCUACCAGGCACUGGUGGCUGAGCUGCACCGGCGGGCCCUGGUCGAGUACGUGCGGCCCCUGCUCCGCGGGCGCCUGCGCUGCCGCUCGGCGCGGACCCGCAGCCGCGUGGCCGGGAGGCUCCGGGAGGACGCGGCGCAGCUGCAGAGGCUGUUCAGGCGGCUGGAGUCCCAGGCCUCGUGGCUGGACGCCGUGGUGCCCCAUUUGGCCGAAGUCCUGCAGCUGGAAGACACGCCCAGCAUCCAGGUGGAGGUGGGGGUGCUGGUGCGGGACUACCCGGACAUCAGGCGGAAGCAUGUGGCGGCCCUCCUCGACAUCCGUGGCCUUCACAACACAGCUGCCCGCCAGGAGAUCCUGGCCGUGGCCCGGGACCUGGAACUAUCUGAGGGGGGAGCCCUGUCACCCCCUCGGGACCGUGCCUUCUUCGCAGACAUCCCUGUACCCCGCCCGUCUUUCUGCCUCAGCCUCCCUCUCUUCCUGGGCCGCCUCCCUGUCUCCCGGCUGGCCAGGCCCAGUCUGGCCUGUCUGCCCCUGCCCCGGCCUCCAUCUCCAGUGAGGCCCCGGGCCCAACGCUGAGGAUUUCCCAGCCCUCUGCCUCAGUGCCCCCAUCUUUGCUGCUGACAAACUGUCCUCCCAUAAGGCCCUCAUCCUGACUCCCUGACUGGGAUCACAGACCUCUGGGGUGGAAAGAUCCUUAGAGGUCUUCUCACUUGCCCAACCCCAAACUCCCUGUGCAGAAGGGAAACAGAGGCCAGAGGGAGCAAGGACUUUCUCAAGGCCACGCAGCCUGUUUCCAGCACGCCCCUCCACCCCCAUAGCCCAGUGUGGUGGAUGGCGUUCUGGAAGACUUUACAGAAAUAUCUUGGCCACCCACUUCCCCCUCACCUCAAGGUCUGGCCCAAAUCCAAUGUAUUAAGGAAUGUUUGAUACUUAGAAUAAAGAGGUUUCUAUUUAACACAA